AUGUUAACUCGAUUUAUUGCCGUUGCUCAUCGGCCAUCAAUAUCAAUAUCACUUCGUCUAUUGAACACAAGUACAUCGAAAUUGGCUGAUGGUGAUCAUACAUUGUCCAAAGCAUUACACAAGGCUGUAGACGAUAUGAAAGCAGGUCUACAAAAAACAUGGUUGGACACGGUGGCUACCGAUAGUGAAGCCAUCGUCAAAGGUGAAAAGCAAUAUGAUAGAAAACUUGGUGAUUUGAAGAAAGAUAUUACAGAACUUCAAUUAGAUACGAUUGAAGCAAUUCAAGAAAAAGCAUCUAAAGGCUAUUUGCAUCAGUAUGAUGUUGGUCGACGUGAUGCACGUGAAGAAAGAAUUGAUAUUGAUGUUACUGUACAUGAUAAAUACGAAAAGAGAAUAGAUAUUGAUGUUGGUCGACAAGAUGAACAAAAAGAAAAAGUUGAUAUUGAUAUCACAGUCAAAACACAUACUGAACAAAAAUACUAA